AUGAGGACGGAGGGGAGACGGUGGAGAGGAGACCGAGAGGGAGGGAGGGACAGAGGAAGAAGUGAGGAGAGGCUUUAGGAAGAAGAAGAAGAAGAAAAGGGGUCGCUGCCUCUGGAGGAUAUUUCACUGUGAAAAGAGGAGGAAGAAGCGAGAGCUAAGAGGCACAUUAGCAGCGGCUCCAUGGCUCAGUCGGCUGCUAACGGUGUGGACCAGGAUCUGGCUAGCAAGAGGUUGCACUCAAGGAUGGAGGCCUCUUGCUUGGAGUUGGCCUUGGAAGGAGAGCGACUGUGCAAGGCCGGGGACUUUAAAGGGGGGACAGCGUUUUUUGAAGCAGCCGUGCAGGUCGGUACAGAAGACCUGAAGACGCUCAGUGCCAUCUACAGCCAGCUGGGCAAUGCGUACUUCUACCUCAAGGAGUAUGGCAAAGCUCUGGAAUACCACAAGCAUGACCUUACUUUGGCCAGAACAAUAGGAGACAGAAUCGGAGAAGGGAAAGCCAGCGGUAACCUUGGUAACACCUUAAAAGUGUUGGGGCGCUUUGACGAGGCUGUUGUCUGCUGCCAAAGACAUCUGGAUAUUUCUCAAGAGCAGGGUGACAAGGUUGGAGAGGCCAGAGCGUUGUAUAACAUUGGGAACGUAUGUCAUGCAAAGGGCAAACAGCAGUUGUGGGGCUGCACCCAGGAACCAGGAGACCUGCCUCCUGAUGUCAGAGACACGUUGCGAAGGGCUACUGGCUUUUAUGAGAUGAACCUGUGUUUGGUCAAAGAGCUUGGUGACCGAGCGGCCCAGGGGAGGGCCUACGGGAACCUGGGCAACACCCACUACCUGCUGGGCAACUUUGUUGAAGCUAUCAAGUUCCACCGUCAGCGGUUAUCCAUUGCCAAAGAAUUUGGGGACAAAGCUGCUGAACGGCGAGCCUACAGUAACCUGGGAAAUGCCCUGAUAUUCCUGGGACAGUUCAACACGGCCACAGAGUACUACAGGAAAACUCUGCAGCUGUCCAGGCAGCUUAGGGACCAGGUGAUGGAGGCUCAGGCCUGUUACAGCUUGGGAAAUACCUUUACUCUUUUGCAACAGUAUGAGAGGGCCAUAGACUACCACCUGAAACACCUGUAUAUUGCCCAGGAGCUUACUGACAGGGUUGGAGAGGGUCGUGCCUGCUGGAGUCUCGGAAAUGCAUAUGUGUCAUUAGGGAACCACAAACAAGCUCUCCACUAUGCCCGAAAACACCUGGACAUCUGUAAAGAAAUUGGAGACAGAAAUGGGGAACUGACAGCCAGAAUGAAUGUGGAACAGUUGAUGGAGGCCCUGGGGGUCAAUGAGAGCGACCUCUCACCUUCCAGUUCAGAGUUCGAGAUGCAAGGAGCAAGACCCAAAUUCACCAAGAGAAACAGCAUGGACAGCGUAGAACUGUGGAAGUACUCUUCAGAUAAGUAUGUGCUGUUACUGCAGAAUGGUGAGAACCAAGACUUGGAAAGCAUACCGAGGAGAUCCAAGAGUCAGAUGUCACAGCCCGGUAAAAGAAAAGGCUAUUCUGACAGUCAGUCGUCAGAUGAAAGGCCGUGGUUGGACUCUCCUGUUGACACUGAUGACAUCACUGUGCAAGUCCCGCCUCCUGUACCAAAGCUGGGCCGUGACCCCUCCGAUGAAGACUGCUUCUUCGACCUCCUUAGCAAGUUUCAGAGCAGCCGCAUGGAUGACCAGCGCUGCCACCUUGAUGAGCCACAAAACGGAGACAACGGAGAAGGUUCUGCAAACUCCAUGCCAUCCCUGAACGAGAUGAUAGAUCCUGCAAUUACCACUUCCCCCCAGACUGAGGAGCUGUUUGAUUUGAUUGCUAGCUCUCAGAGUCGUCGCCUCGAUGACCAGCGUGUUAAUGUUGGUAACCUUCCAGGCCUGAGGAUUACCCACAACAACCUGGGGCACCUUGUAGGUGAGGGAGAUCAUCAAGAACCCAGCGAUGAUUUCUUCAACAUGCUUAUCAAGUGCCAGUCCUCUAGGAUUGAUGACCAGAGGUGCUCCCCACCAGAAGCAGGCCCCCACGCCCCCACAGUGCCUGAUGAAGACUUCUUCAGCCUAAUCCAGAGGGUCCAGGCCAAGCGUAUGGAUGAGCAGCGCGUCCAGCUGCCCGACGAUCAGGACAGCCCUCAGUCCCCUGAUCCAGAGCCGCCUGGUGGAUUCUCCAGCUAGGACUUAAUGCUGCGCAAGUUCAUGUCAAAGAAAAUAAAAAAAAAAGUAAAGGAAAAGCAAGAAGAAUGAGCCAACAUUUAAAGACAGCACUAAAGGGGUGAACUAACAAGAUGUGUAAUAACAAGAUAAAUUCCAUGUGCAAUAGGUGGUGCCCUGUUAAAUGUUGCUCGAUGUAUUAUGUUCUACAUGUGUGUAAAUACAAUGGGAAAAUGUCCAGAGUUUGGGGGUUUGGAGAGCAAGAAGAAGUUUGGGGUGACAUGAUAACAAAUAUGAAAUAUGUCCUCAAUCUAAUGCCUUAAUCAGCAUUUUUUUCAGACUCAAGAUUGUAUUCCCUGGUGUCAGAUGUGUUUUUUACAAGCACAUGAUGGGCAUACAGUAUAAUAUGGACGAUUAAUAUGAAGACCUACAGUAUGAGUAGUGGAAGUCACAAAGAUUUAUUCAUAGAAACAGUGUUGAUGAAAAGAUUAGAGUUGACAGAUUUGCACUGAAAUCUUAGCCAGUUUUAUAAUGACAGGACUGAUAAAGCUGAAUUUUAGACAAAUGUAUUUAAACUUCUCUGAUCAGUGCUGCUUUUAUCGUUCAAUUUUUGUGGUUCCCACCGCUCAUAGAAAAGUGGUGUUAUUUGUGCAUUAACAGUAUUAGGGUUGACCAACCAACCGGUGUUAAACAGAACUGCUUUGGUCACUUUCAACUUUUCACUAAUUAAUAACCACACUCCAUUUUUGUCAACUUAGUAAUACGAUUCAUUGAAAUUGAAAGACUGAUUGAAAUAUGAUUUUCCACACAAAUGUUAUUUACAUGCAUUUCUGCAUUUUUAAAAUGCACCUCUUCACACAGUAUGCAGUAACCAGCGUUACUGAGCAAAUAUGUUUCUUUUAUAGAGUCAAGACUAGAGUUGUGUGAAAUGGUAAGCUCCAGUUAAUGUUUCUGCUCAGCUUUUAAUGUGACACUGUCUUCUGCCCAUAAUGUUCUGAACAUCUGAUAACAGAGUACUGCUUACAGCCAUUAUUAUUAUCUAACAUAGACAUAAAAUGGACAGAUGUAUCAUAUUUUUGAGAGCCUUAUGCCCUGAACAAUGUUGAGCAACAAACUCAAAGUUGUCGUUGGUAUAUUGCCUCUUUGUGGUCAAUACCUUGUAUUACCUCUGGGAAAUACAGAGUGCAGUCUGUUGGGGAUAAAAGACAUUCUUUGUUCUUGAAUAUUUUAGGAAAACAUUAUAAUAAUGACUUUGCGGUCCAGGUAUGACACUUCUGACAGCUUUCAUGUGGUUCUACCCUCAAAGUUUUGCAAUUUGUACCAUAAAUAUGCAGAUUUUUUGCAAAUCAUUUCAUAAAGUUCAAAGUGUGUCAUCAAAACCAGGUAGAACCCAGCGUACUUUUCUGUUAGUCAGAGAGAUAUAAACUGCAGAAAUGACAUUUUAAUUUGCUAAAAGCUUGAAAAUGUUUUGCUGUACAAAGCAUCUGUACAGGAAACAUUUGAACUGAGCGGUUUGCUUUUUAUUCAGAAGUAGUGCAUACCUCAUAUUUGUACCUCAAAGCUUCUGUGAACCUUAGCUAUAUUGAGUUCUGAACCAGGAUGAAUCGUGUAAACAGUGGUUCUGUUUGAUUCAUCUCUCUUUGAUAAACAACACAUCGGGAGCUACAGUUAAUAUUUUCUUUCUGUUUUUUGUGAAUUAACAUUUUUAGAAAGUACUCGGUACGCUUGUCUUUGCCAUAAUUUGUACAUAUAAAUAUAUUUUGUAUUUAUGUUCCUUUUGAGGACAUGAAUAUGUCCCCUCAUGCUUUUAAUAAAAUGUUUCAGAUGUUUA